AACUGCAGCCAUGUGAAAAUUGUGGAGAAACUUCAAAAAGAGCUGAAAGAGGCACAUUCAAAGCUAGAAGAAAGCAACACGAACAAGCAAGAGUUAAAAAUUGAGUUGGACAGAAACAAAAAAAUUCACCAGGAUGAGCUAAGCCGUCUGACCAUUGACCUUGAGGAUGAGACAGUGUCCAGAACCAGCCUGGACAAACAGAUCACAGAACUCAGAAGAGAGCUGGAGCGUAUUCAAGCCGAGAACGCCAGCGAAUGGGCCAAACGAGAGAGGCUGGAAUCUGAAAAGCUGGCUCUAGAGAGAGACAAUAAGAAACUGCGCACUCAGGUGGCAGACCUGGAAGAGGAGCUGGAGAAGAAAAGUCAUACAUCAUCAUCACUUGUGGAUUCUGACAUCAAAACUCUCCAGUUUGAAAUGUGUGAGAAAAAUAAGGAGCUGGCUGACCUGCAGCACAUUCAUGUGAAGCUGAAGAAGGUGCUAGCAGAGCGAACAACGGAACUAGACCAUCAUCGGCGACGGGCAGAGCAGUAUGAGACGGAGGUCCGCGCAUUGAGGAGCCGAGUGGACAAAUUAAAACAUGACCUGGCAGCGGUAGAAGAUGAGGUUGAUAAACAACGAAAUGCAGCCCGGAAAGCUCAGAGAACUAGUGAAGAGCUGCAGACUCAGGUAGAGAGUUUGGAUGUCCAGGUGCGACACCUUCAGUCCAGUGUCACCUCGCCCCGGUCGACCAGCUUGAAGUCAAUGGCCAUGGAAGAUUCAGCAGAACUGGCUGACAGUGAGACAGAUUUCGAUGAUGUAUGA